CUGGCCCAAUAGAAAACACAUGGGCCUUUAUACAUAGAUAGACGCAUAGGAGGAGGUUGCGGCAGGUUUAACCCUAAGUCUCUUAUCGGCAGCAAAACUUUCCACGAAGAGGCUUCUCCUAUUUUCUUGCUCGCAGAGUCGAACCAUGUCCACGGGCACCGACGAAACGAUGGACAGACUUUUCCCCAAGCCACUGAGAAAAGAGAUGUUGCGCUCCACGUAUGUUAUGUUCGACGCGGAGGAUUUCUCAAUCCCUGAUCCUCUUUUGUUUAAAAAGAAUAUCGUAACAGCUAUUGAGAAAGAAGGUUAUCGAGGUCGGAUUAGAAUCAACGGUUACUUUGGCCCAAAGAUAACCAUCCCCCAAGAUUUGCUUGACCAAUAUUUGGAAGCCGGAAUUUAUUCCAAAAUAUUUGAAGGGGACAGAGUUGCUCGAAUGAACAUGAUGUUAGUGGAGCUUCUUUUCUGGGCAAUGAGCCAUUAUCCUGCAGGAACAAAUGUGCUGAUAAUCACAAAAAACCAAAAAAUCCUAGAAGAACACAAGGUCCGGGAUAUUAUUGAAGCUUUGGCAGUGAGAGAUUUCUAUUUUGCCAUUGAACAUCCUGAUACCUUCUAUCCGCCAGCAGCAUGCGCCGAAAGUUCUGAGCUAUUUAUUCCAAUAGCUACCAGAAAGAGGACGCUUGAUGGAUGAAUAACUAAAUCAACACUUUAUUAAUAUGAUGAUGUCGUUUUACAUUUUAUUUUAUGAGUACUUCAGCAACCUAUGUGGGAAGGGUACCAAAACAAUUUACAAGAAAUAUCUUUAUCCUUA